AUGGCUCCCAAGUUCUUGACUGGUGACAAGGCCGGUAUCGAGGAGUUCCUCGACAAGUUUGAUGUCUUCCUAUUUGACUGCGAUGGCGUCCUCUGGUCUGGCGAUCAUCUCUUCGAGGGAACCAAGGAGACCAUUGAAAUGCUCAGAAGCAAAGGAAAACAACUGGUCUUUGUGACCAACAAUAGCACAAAGUCUCGUGCAGACUACAAGAAGAAGUUUGACAGCAUGGGCAUCCCGUGCAAAGUGGAAGAGGUGUUUGGCUCUGCAUACAGCGCAGCCAUCUACGUUGCUCGCAUCCUCAAGCUGGAGGCACCCAAGAACAAGGUUUUUGUACUUGGAGAGUCAGGCAUCGAGGCCGAACUUGCCUCUGAGAACGUGCGAUACUGCGGAGGUACCGAUCCCGAACUUCGUCGCGAGAUGAAGGCCGAGGACUUCACCAACAUUGCCAAUGGCAGUGCUCUCGACCCUGAUGUCGGUGUCGUGCUUGCUGGACUUGAUUUCAACGUCAAUUACCUGAAGCUCAGUCUGGCAUACCACUACCUCCGCAGAGGAGCAGUUUUCCUGGCGACCAAUACCGACUCGACAUUGCCCAACUCUCACACGCUCUUCCCUGGUGCUGGAUCAGUAGGCGCACCUCUGGUCAAGGCAUGGGGAAAGGAGCCUCUGGCAUUGGGCAAGCCCAGUCAAGCCAUGAUGGAUGCUGUCGAGGGAAAGUUCAAGUUUGACCGCAGUCGUGUCUGCAUGAUUGGCGACCGCCUCAACACCGAUAUCCAAUUCGGUAUCGAGGGCAAGCUCGGAGGCACAUUGGCAGUCUUGACUGGUGUCAGCAAGAAGGAGGAGUUCUUGGCCGAAGAUGCAACCGUGGUCCCAUCAGCUUACGUCAACAAGCUUGGUGAUCUAUUGGGUUAGAACGAAUACACGAUAGAUGAUAGAGCAACGUAUUCAGGAACUGCAUAUCAUUUAUGCAAUAUUGUGCACAAAGUGCUGCAUGACGCGCGAAGCGGAAUUAAUUGAUAAAUGGAAGUCUUGGCACAACGCGUCGCGAUACAUCGGGG